AUGAACCUCUCCUUCGGCCUCACCGUCCUCGGGAGCCAGCCGGAUCCGUGGACAAUGCCACCCAAUCUGUCCUUGUCGGGACAGCUGAACAGGAGCCAAGGGUUGGGUUGGGCUGAGGUGGAGAAGCUGCUCUUCCUGUUCGACGAAGAUCCGGUCAUCCUCAGCCUCGCCGUCCUGUAUUUGGCGUCCUUCUUGGUUGGGUUGGUGGGCAACGUCAUGUCGCUCCGGAUGCUGACCCGGAAACGGAGCAAGGCCAUGCCCAGCUUGAAUGCCACCCGCAGCCUCCUGAUCAACUUGGCUAUCUGCGACCUGAUGGUGGUUUGCAUCUGUAUGCCCGUCACGACUGGGAACCUGAUCUACAAAGCCUGGGUCUACGGAGAUUUGCUGUGCAGGGCGGCCCCAUUCAUUCAGGCUCUCUCCGUCUCAGCCAGCAUUCUCAGCCUGACGGUGAUCAGCCUGAACCGCUAUUACAACGUACACAACCCUCUGAAGGCCAGGUCCUUCUUCACCCGGAGGAAGAUCUUGUACACCAUCCUGGUUAUUUGGGUCUUCUCUUCAGCCAUCUGCAUGCCUCUCGUGUUUAUGAACCGGAGAGAGGAGAUCGAGGUGGGCUCCGAUCUCCCGUUGGUGUUCCCCAUUUGCCGGGAAAUGUGGCCCCAGGAAGAGCUCAAGCAAAGCUACAAUUUCUUCCUCUUUUGUGCUCUCUACUGCUUGCCGGUCUCCUUCAACGUGGUCAUUUGCUACUUGACCGUCCAUCGGCUCUGGAGACCCACCAGCACCCUGAGUGACAGCAGUGCCUUGAAGCAGACCUUGCUAGCUUCCAGGCUAAAGAUCCGCCGGACGGUGGCUCAAAUGGUCAUUGCCUUAGUCCUGCUCUUUGCCAUUUCCUGGCUGCCCAUUUACCUGGUGGACAUCUGGAUAGAGUUCCACAGCCCCAGGUCCUUGAGGGAUGAAGAGCCAUCUCCUUUGGUCCUGCAUCUGCGGGCUUUUUCUCAAUGGCUUAGCCUCACCAACUCCAGCUUGAACCCCAUCUGCUACUGUUUUGUGGGCAGCCUCUACAGAUCAGCCAAGGAAAUGAGGAGCAGGUACCAAAAGAAGGUGGCUUCUCUUCUCAGCUUCUUCCCCUCCGAGAUGCUUUCUCACAGGAGGUCGGUGGACUCGGCUAAAAAGGAACCUGACCUAGCAACACGAAAAGAAGGCCGCCACAGCUGCAGUAGUCUUGUCUAA